GCCAGACCAGACAUCAUAAUUCACCCAACAUGGGCUCUAUUGAUCCAACGCCAGCUAAUCCAGUGUUCGAGAAGUACGGCUUAUCCGGCCACCUUCGUCUCGGAAGCAACACUCCUGGACCUCACCCCUCGUCCCAAGCUCGACCCGUCCAUCGUCCUGAGUGGGACAGACCAUCCGAUCGCGGAUACACUGUCUCCAACCACCUCAUCAAUGAGCCACCGCCGGAAAAGCCUUUCAAGAUCAUCAUGCUGGGGGCUGGGGCAGCCGGAAUCGAUUUCCUUCAUCAUGCCCCGUCCGCCUUUGCAGGCUUGGGCGUGGAAAUUGUCUGCUACGAGAAAAACGCCGAUAUAGGCGGUACCUGGUAUGAGAAUCGGUACCCGGGAUGUGCUUGCGAUGUGCCGAGCAUCGCUUAUUCCUUUCCGUGGCGUGCGAAUCCGAAGUGGUCGAGCUUCUAUUCCAGUGCAAAGGAAAUUUGGGAAUAUCUGAAGCAGAUUGUCAUCGAGGAGGACAUGAUGAAGUACAUCCAACUGAAUACUCGUGUGGUGUCAACGAUAUGGGAUGAGACCAAGAGCAAGUGGGUGAUCAAGUUGCAACGGGGUACAGAUCAGUGGGAGGAUGAGUUUGAUUUGUUCCUUAACGGAUCAGGGUUCCUCAACGCAUGGAAAUGGCCUGAUACGCCGGGGCUGCACUCCUUCAAAGGGGACCUGUUCCACACGGCGGCUUACCCGGAGGGCUUUGACUUAAAAGGCAAGCGGGUGGCGGUGAUAGGAUCAGGCAGUUCAGGUAUCCAAGUCGUUGCCUCUAUCGUGGAUGAGGUUUCGCACUUGUACAGCUGGGUGCGAAGCCCAAUCUGGAUUACGGCUGCGUUUGGACAGCGCUUCGCUGGGAAGAACGGCCAGAACUUUGACUACACCCCGGAGCAAAAGAGCGAGUUCGACCUCGAUCGCGAGAAGUACCACCGAUACAAGAAAUCAAUCGAGCACGAGCUGAACCAGCGUUUCAAGCUUGCGCUGCGCAAUACGGCUGAAUCCGAUGAUGCCAAUGCGUCCUCUUACAAAACCAUGUCCGAGAAGCUUGCAACGAAACCCCACGUCAGGGACGCGAUCAUUCCCAAAGACUUCAACGUCGCCUGUCGGCGUCCAACCCCAGGAAACGGCUACCUCGAAGCUCUGGCUUCUGACAAGACCUCCGUAUUUACCGAGCGGAUCCAGGCUAUUACACCUGCAGGCGUAAUUGACUCUGCGACGGGAAUCGAGCAUGAGGUGGAUGUCAUUAUCUGCGCCACAGGCUUCGACACCUCAUUCCGACCGCGGUUUCCACUGAUCGGUCUUAACGGAACAAACCUGUCUGACAAAUGGGCCAGUGUCCCUACGAGCUAUCUAGCAAUUGGCGUCGAUGAAUUCCCGAAUUAUUUCAACUACUCAGGCCCUUAUGCACCAGCCGGCCAUGGAUCCAUCCUAUCCAUCAUCACACACUUGACACACUAUUUUAUCCAGGUCGUCAAGCGCAUGCGUAAGGAGCAUAUCCGACGACUGAGCCCAAAGGCGUCUGCUAUACGAGACUUUGUCGAACACGCGCAGACAUUCCUCCCGCGGACCUGUUGGUCGGAUCCGUGCUCAAGCUGGUUCAAACAAGGUCGGACUGACGGCCCAGUCGUCAUCUGGCCUGGGUCUCGCCUGUCAUUCUUCGAGGCGCUGAAGACCCCGACACUGAGCGACUAUGAUAUUGAGUAUUGGAGUGGGAAUCGGUUUGGCUAUCUGGGGUCAGGGUUCCUGGAUGCCGAAUUCACCGGAGGCGAUAUCACCUGGUAUCUGGAUCGGUACUCAGAUAACGAGGAAUGGAUGAAGCACGGUGUGCGGUACGACAUGGAGAAGAAUGAGUUUGCCUACGUGAAUGAGCAAGCACUUCGUAAGUGAUAUACAGCUGUUGCAUAUUCAAAGUACAUACUACAGAUAAACAGAGAGGUCUUUAAAUCAAUACAACAAAAUCCAAAAC